CCGCGCCGUCUCGCCCUACUUCACUUCCAAGAUGGCGGACAGCGCGAGCGAGAUGAGCGAGAGCGAGUCGACAGAUGGGGGAGGGAGUAAGGCCACUUCUCCCACCGAGGAGCUCCACAACCGCAUCAGUUCUCUGCAGCAGGAGAACAGAGUUCUCAAGAUAGAGUUGGAGACCUUCAGGAUGCGCUGCAAGGCGCUACAGGAGGAGAACAAGGCGCUACGGAAGGCCAGUGUGUCUAUCCAAGCCCGUGCGGAGCAGGAAGAAGAGUUCAUCAGUAACACACUCCUGAAGAAGAUCCAGUCACUGAAGAAGGAGAAGGAGAAGCUGGCCAUGAACUAUGAGCAGGAGGAGGAGUUCCUCACCAACGACCUGUCGCGCAAGCUCAUGAAGCUGCGUGAGGAGAAGGUCCAACUGGAGCAGACCCUGGAGCAGGAGCAGGAGUUCCAGGUUAACAAACUCAUGAGGAAGAUCGAGAAGCUUGAGAACGAGAUCCACCAGAAGCAAAACAACUUGGAACAGCUGCGUCGUGAGAAGGUGGAGCUGGAGAACACCCUAGAGCAAGAGCAGGAGGCUCUGGUCAACCGGCUGUGGAAACGCAUGGACAGACUGGAGGCAGAGAAAAGGCUGCUACAGGAGAGACUGGACCAGCCUGUGUCUGCACCCCCCUCCCCACGGGAACUGACGGAGGGCGACACUGCCCAGAACCUGACCAUGCACGUACAGUACCUGCGCAACGAGGUGUCCAAGCUCAGGAGACAACUAGAGCUGGCUCAGCAAGAGCAUGCGGAGAAGAUGGCGCACUAUGUUGCUGAGGAGAAGCAGAUUAAGGAGGAGAACGUGAGGCUGCAGCGGAAACUCCUGCGGGAGAUGGAGAGAAGAGAGGCGCUGAGCAGACAGCUGUCCGAGAGCGAGUCCAGUCUGGAGAUGGAUGAGGAGAGGGCCUUUAAUGAGAUGGCGUCCCACGGAGGCAUCCGACCACGUACGGUCUCCAGCCCCAUCCCCUACUCCCCCUCCUCCAGCCGAUCCAUGUCACCAGGUGGGAAUGAAGGACAAAGUGCGACUUUCAGCCACUCUCCAUUUGGCCCUCCCUCGCCACUCAGCCGCUGCUCUUCCUCUAGCUGUAGUUUCCAGUCGACUCCCAGCAUGCACUUCACCAGCAUGUCGCCACCUCUGCGGCCAGCCAGCAGGCCCUCUUCCAUUAGCAGCCCUGACAAGGGAUUUGCCAAACCUGCCUCCCCCUCUACAUAGUGGCUCGCUCCAGCCAUAUGCACUACAACUGGCCGCUGUGGUUUGUACAAAUGUAAAUUAAUGUUUUGCAUAGUGAUGUAUAACUGUUGCCUUCAGCAAUGAAAAUGAAAACCUUAUGUGAUGUUGCUAUCAGUGCUUCACUAUGCUGUCUAUAUGAUACCCUUGACAAUGCUUUGGGUAUGUAAAUGUUCAGUUCGCUUCAUUAGAGACUUGAAUGGGUUAUACAAAGAUGAUACAUUCUCGUUGCUAUCCGAGACAGCGUAAAUUUGUAGCUACUUAAUUGAAGAGAAGAGAUAUUUUUUCUUUGCUGACUAUCCUUUGUAAAUGCUAUCGGAAAGAAAGUAAGAGCUAUUCCUAAGUGGUGUUGAUUUAAAGUUUAUAUUGUGUGACUUGGUGCUGAGUUGGACUGAGGCUGUUGCUGCUGUUUUCUUUGACUUUCCACUAAGAAGCCACAAAGUUUUAUCUUUCCACUUCUUUAUUUUUGUUGUUGCUUUUACAUUCUAGUCAUUCUUUGUCACCUUUGUUUCAAGCUGUUAUUUUUCACAAAAGAUCUAAGUUUAACGUUACUUAACCAUUUAGGUUGAUCACUUUGUAUAGUGUGUAUCUGGGGAUGUUCCAUUGGUUUUAGGAGGCUUAAUUUGAUGUUAAAUUAGCUAGCUUCUCCCAAAGUUUGUGUACCAAUCAUCUAUACAUUUACUUGUGAUAAUGACUAUUCUGGUCAGAGAAGUAUUGCUGUACUUUAAAUUUUCAUUGUACUUUAUGAAUUGAGCCCCAUGUUUUGCACCCCUAAACCUUUGGAAAUCCCUGUGUCCACACAACUUUAAUUUAGUUUGAUCAUCUCCAUUACUUUCUGUCAAGUUUGCCUGGAAUGAAAAUGUACAAAAAGAGGUGUGAAAUGUGAAGCUCAUGAAGUUUGUAAUUAUAGUAGUUUGUUGAUUGAAAAAUUGUAUUCAAUUCGAUACAUACAUGUAUAAUGAUAUUGUGUAUGAUAUAUACUGCCCGAUAUUGACACUGAAAAGCAAAAAGCGGGCAGCUUUCUUGAAGUCAAACAUAUAGUAACUCUUCUUCAUUUGAACUGUCAUUCCAAGUUUGAAUCAUUUAUUUACAACUUGUAGUUCAUUUCCCCACAAAAAGUUUACCCCAGUGCCCAUUUACUUGAAGCUAAACAAGCUGUCACAAAUAUGUGAAUGUCAAAGAGUUUAUUACCUUUUUUUUAAAGUUUGAAUUGUCAACUCAAACUUGAUAGGACUCACUUCAUUGUUUGCAUAUGAAAGUUGGAUGUUCAGGACACUACAAUGACAUUUUUGUUUGUAGCUUAGGAACAGGUCCACCUAAUAGAAAAUACACAGAUGUAAAAUGUGAGUGAUUUGUUUUUGAAAUUGAGGCUUGCUGGCAUUCUUGCCCACAUUAUACUUAAGGAGCUUGUUUGUAUCUGGGUCUAUCACAAAACAGAAAUGGUCACAUUCAAGAGUCAUUCAAGUACAAAUGUAGAAACAUGGCUGAUGCAGCCAUUGCUCACUAACUAGCCCUGUAUACAUGUAGUGAACUGUAUAUCUAGAUGAUUGGCAAAUUACAAAGCCAACUUUGCAAUUGCCUUGCACUGUGCUACACUCUAACAAGUAAUGUCCACAUGCUAACUACUAUAAGUGAUUGGACAGCCUACAUUAGGAAAUACAGCUUUGCCUGGCAGUGACUAAUAAAGAUGUUUUAAGAUUAGCAAACUGUCACAUAUAUGCACUACUGAAGCCAGUCAACACUUUGGGACACAAAGAGACACAACAAGAUAAACUGUAACUUAGUAUGGUUAGUUAAUUGUUAUGGGAACUUGAGAGCCGAUUGGUUAGUAGUUGUGGGAAAAUAAAGAAGACUAUAGAAAUAUCAAUGCAUAUAGACAACAAGACAUUGAAUCAUAAAGGGCUUAAGCCUUUGUAGAAUACUUAUGAAACUGUUGUGGAGAUAUUGUAAUGUUUUGUUUUGUAUAGACUAUCUCUCACCAGUGUGUGUUUUCUUUGCUUUGAAAAGGCAGUAUUGACAUAGAAAAAGUUGAAUAUGUGAUAGAAGUUUACAAAAAGAAGCACACAGUAUACCAAUACAAUGUUGAAUAUGGUUUGUAUGUUUAACUUCUGAUCUGAUUUGAAUUCUGUGACCAAAGCAUAACCAAAACAAGGACUUCAUUAUUACAACUGUCAUGUAACAAUGGAGUUCAAGUUGACAUGUUAAGUCUGUUGUUAGAUUGAGGUGAGAUGCUGAUCUUUGAAAUGGGAAUUUUGUUCUUUAUGAUUUAAUUUGUGCAACAGUGGAUGCUAACUGUAGAACUGAUGUAGAUUCCUUCACCACAUGCAGUGGCGGCUCUGCUAAAAAUCUUAAUAGUAUACAAGUCGAGAGCUGUCAACACUAGAAUUGCAUCUAUGACUACACUUGACUUGCAUUCAUGUAGUUUCUUUAGUAGUGCAAACUGUACUGAAACUUUGGCCACACUUGUUAGAUUUUACCUGGUAAAUGCAGUAGUUAAAAUUUGAAUGUGCUAGCCUGUGAAGUCACGGGCAAACAUAUCUAAUAACAAUAUCAUUGAAAGUUGGAACAGUUACCUACCAAGCUUUGUGAAGUGCUGUCAGCUGGAGAUAAAAGUAGCAUUCACUGAAAACAAUGGCUAUGAAGUAUGAACUAUAUCAAUAUAGAUAACUUACACAAUUACAACUGUUGAAUUUAAUGAGGUUGGCUGGUCAAGGAUUGAGUGCUAGAUGAGAAAAUAUGCUGAGAAGGCAUAUAUGAACAAACAUUAUGUACAGUGAAAAUAAUGUGGUGUUCACAUACAGAAAGAGGUUAUGGAAUAUAAAUGUUGCUAGUUGUGGUAAAUAUAUUGGUGUGUGAGAGUCUGAGAGAGAGAGAAUGCUUCCAAAGGGUUGAAUGAAAAGUUAUUUCAAAGUUAAUGAAGAUUUAUUUCGAAUUGUUGAUCUACGUAAUGUACAGAGAGCAGCUUGGUUUAUGCCGUUUUGUUUGUCAAAGGAGCCUGUUGCAUAUAAAACACUUCAAUGCUGAA